UGCUGGAAUCUGGACUGAUCUGAUCUUCUCGUCUAACAUUUGUCGGUCAUUUUCACACACUGUAGGCUCACUGCAAGCCAAGAAUAUUUCUGAUAAGCCUGCAAGUUUUUGGAUCCACCCUUUUGUUUGUUGUGAGAAGUGUCAUGAUUUUUUCCCUGGUUUUUUGCAGAAGGCUGCUUUCAGCUUUUUCACGCCUUCAGCCACUGGAUUCCAGGUCUAUUGUGGUCUAGUUUUUUUUUUCCUUAAUUGAGGAUGCUGUUAGCUUUGGGUUUUUUCUGGAGUUGUGAAGACUGUAGCUGAGUUUCAGCUGUGGCACAAAGGGAUAAAGCUUUGGUUGAAUCUUCAGCAGCUCUUAAGCUACUGCCUAAGGAGAACAGUGAGGUUCGUCUCCCUGGAUGUGAAACCUUUAGUCAUGUCGAAACUUCUCCUGCUGCUGGGACUCUGUCUGCAAGCAUCAUGGCAAGAACAGCAGGUUUCCCCCCCAGGCCGCUGUGAUAUCCAACAACGGCUGGAAAAGAAGACUGACUGCACAUCCUGUGCUGCUGCACUCACGGCUAGUUGCCCUCAUGGCUUUUCACACGCUGGCACCACCAACUGCAGUUACGUGGUGCAGAUUGGAAACGCCAAGAUGGAGCUGAUGGGAUGUCAACAUAUCUGUGCCAAGACGGUUAUACACCCCCAAUGCUGCCCGGGCCACUGGGGCCCACUGUGCCUCCCUUGUCCAAAGUGGUCUGGGAAGAUCUGCAGCUUCAAUGGAGUUUGUAUGGAUGGAGACAUGGGCAAUGGCACCUGCAUCUGCAAUGACGGCUUCUCUGGCUUUGCCUGUCAGGAGUGUAAGAAUCCCAAAGCCUUUGGAAAAAACUGCGACAAAGAAUGUGACUGUCAGCGUGGAGUCUGUAACAAAGGCCCAGAUGGGGACGGACAGUGUUUGUGUCAGCCUCCAUACACUGGGAGGCGCUGUGACGAAGUGAGUAAAAAGUGCAGUACCUGCAGCCCGUUCUCGUACUGCAAAGGAGACGGAGACGAAGCUGAAUGUGACUGCCUGCCUGGUUACAGAAAGUCUUCACAGAAAAAAUGCUUAGCCUUUUGCUCUCAGAGUGAAUGUGACAUCAAUGCAGCUUGCUCUUUACGAGGAACCAAGAUAAAGUGUGUCUGUAAGCCUGGCUACGAGGGAGACGGCCGGAUCUGCAUACCCAGAAACCCCUGCUUAGAGAACAACGGUGGGUGUCCCUUCAACUCCACUGUCUGUGUCUUCAAAGGACCCAACAAGUCCAGCUGUGAGUGCAUGUCUGGCAUGUCGCCUGUAGGUGGCAGCCCUGAGUUUGGCUGCAGCCUCCUGUCUGCAUGCUCUCCUGACAGCUGUGGCCCCACAGCCGUGUGUCACACUCAGCUGGAUGGAAAACCCAGAUGUGUUUGUGAGUCCACUCAGAUUGGGGAUGGACGCCAUUGCUAUGGCAACCUGAUGGAGCGCCUCAUCGAGCUGGACUCAAGUGGGAGCCAGAGAGCAAACCUGACAGGGGCUGUAGCUUUGUUUGAGGCAGGCUGUGUGCGGUUGUUGAGCCACAGUGGACCCUUCACGGUCUUUGUCCCCAUCCUGAAAACUCCUCUGACGGGUCUAAAUGAGGAGUCUGUGUGUAAAAACCACCUGAUCCUGGGACAGCACCUCUACAGGGAGAUGGAGGGGUUGGACUUCACUCUUUACGGGGGAGGAAAAAUGAGACUGAAGCCAAACAGGAGGUUCAUCCUCUUGGACAACCCGAGUAAACAGUAUAGUGUGAUCGUCUCAGAUCUUCCAGCGGCAAAUGGUGUCAUCCACAUCAUUGACCAGCCAAUCAUGCACAUGCUGUUAGAAAGGACGCUUCGGGAUGAAAAAUUUAUAGGAAAGAAAGUGGGCGAGAUUCUGAGAGAAGACGAAAACUACAAUCGCUUCCUGUCUUUGGUGGAUAACUGUGGGUUGCCUCCGCCUCUGAGUGGACCCGGGCCCCUCACAGUGUUCGUCCCCACUAAUGAGGCUGUGGACCGGGCCCGAGACGGCAGCAUCCUGUACAUGCUGAACCACGCCAAACAUAAACUUCAAGAGCUGCUCAGAAACCAUGUGUACUCGCGUGCCUUGCUUACCGUGGAUGAGUUGACCUCUGUUCCUCGGAUUCAGACAAUGGCCAAUCAAAUGAUCAGCAUCAGAGUUUCUGACAGUGGUGAGAUUUUGUUGGGGGAGAAUGGUUUCCGCCUGGUGCGCUCCAACAUUAUGGCGUCCAACGGGGUCAUACACAUGAUUGACGGGUUGCUGUAUCCUUCUUCCAUCCUUCCCAUUCUACCCCACCGCUGUGAUGUCACACAGAGCAAGAUCACUGUGGGCCCUUGUGUUCACUGUGGCUACCUCGACAACACCCAGUGUCCAAAAGGAAGCAUUGAAAUGAGCAGCUUCCAGAAGGAUUGUGAGUACGUCUCCAUCUUGUCUGGUAGGCUCAUCAAGGGCUGUGCCAAAUACUGCAACACCACCACACAGACCGCAGAGUGCUGUCAAGGGUUCUUUGGUCCAGACUGUCGACCUUGCAUUGGAGGAUUUCAGCAUCCUUGCUAUGACAAAGGAACAUGCUUCGAUGGUAUCCAUGGCAACGGCUCCUGCAGCUGUCAUUCGCGCUUUAAGGGAGUGGCCUGCCACAUCUGUUCAGAUCAAUCUAAACAUGGAGAAAACUGUGACGAAGACUGCCUCUGUGUCCAUGGCGUGUGUGACAACCGCCCCGGCAGCGGCGGGGGAUGUCGAAGAGGGUCCUGUUUGGAGGGAUACUCAGGGGAAAACUGUGACAAAAAGGCAAUGCCGUGCAACGCCGACGGCCUGCUGCAGCACUGCCACAUCCACGCAUUCUGCACACAGGCAGGCCUAGAAACCAGGUGUGUGUGUAAAGAUGGAUAUGACGGCAACGGUCACUUUUGUACUCCCAUCAACCUCUGCCUGAAAAGCAACAGAGGAGGCUGCGACGCCAACGCUGACUGCGUGUAUGUGGGUCCAGGUAAUGUGUCCUGUGUGUGUAUGGAGGGCUGGACGGGGGAUGGCAGGGUGUGUGUGGAGAUCAACAACUGCAGGGUGGAUGGAGGAGGCUGCAGUCAGGAUGCCAUCUGCACCCACAUCGGACCUGGACAGAACGAGUGUGUCUGCAAGACUGGUUAUGUGGGGAAUGGAAAGGAGUGUGAGCUCAUCAACCCCUGCACCCAAAACAACGGAGGCUGCCAUGAACUGGCAAAGUGUGAGCAGAAAGAAGGCGCAGUUCACACCUGUACGUGUCCUGAUGGCUACGUUGGUGAUGGAAGUGUUUGUUAUGGAUCAUUGUUUGACGAGCUGGACAUGAACUCAGAGCUGUACAGUUUUGCACGUCUAAUAAGGAAGUUUCGUCAGUCAGCAGAGGAUCUAAGCCAAAAUCUCACAGUGCUGGUUCCAUCUCCAAAAGCACUGAAGAAUAUGAGCUUAGAUGAUAGCCAAUUCUGGACCAGUCGGCACCACCUACCUCAUUUCCUGCGAGCCCACUACCUGCUGGGGGUUUACUCUGUGGAGGAUCUGGACAGUUUGGUGGGGAGCAGCCUGCCCACUUUGAACCCUGCCGUCCAAUGGGAAAUUAGGAAAAUCAAUGGGACCCUUCAUGUGGGGAACGCCUCCAUCCUCACAUAUAACCUGCCUGCCAUCAACGGAUACAUCCACAUUGUCAACCAGGUUCUUGCACCCCCAUCUUCAGACCUCCCACCUGAGCCUCCAACCCUGAUGGCCUUUUUGAACACCUCCUCCAACUUCACCCUUUUCAGACAGUCUGCUCUGAUAUACAACUUGUCCGCAGAUCUGGGAAAUUUGGAUUUUACUGUCUUGCUGCCAACAGACGAGGCCAUCAGAAAGCAUCUGGGCAGAACCAACUCAUCUGUUCUGAGCUCAGAUGUGUUUCGGUACCACGUCAUUCCCAAAGAACUCCUCCACCUUGACCACCUUCACGAUGGCUUGCAGAGCAGCACUCUGCUGGGAGCUGACUACCAGGUCCAGUUCCAUCUCAACAACAGAAAUCAGACAUUUGUGAACGGCAUACCUCUAGACAGUGGCUACUUUGAGACGCAGUACGGUGUUGUCAUCAUUCUGCAGCAGGUCCUCAAAAUCAGUCGCAACAGAUGCAGCAAACAUGUCGCCCUACAAGUCAGCGGAAGGUGUUCAGACUGUGAUGGAUCUCCUCGAUGCCUCUUCAGCAACACACCAAUCAGACCACAGUUUCCACCAAAAAUGAAGUCCAACUGCAGGUUUAGGAAGAGGAUCGGAUCCAGGAGGAAGUUUGUUCCUGGAUGUGUCAUGAACUGUCUGCGAUUCACCACGGAUCACUCUUGUUGCCCAGGUUACUAUGGUCACGAGUGCUUUAAGUGCCCAGGAGACAUUGGAAGUGUGUGCUCCAAUCAUGGAAAGUGUCUGGAUGGUAUCCAUGGCAACGGGGAGUGCCAGUGCUUUGAGGGUUUCCAUGGCACUGCAUGUGAGGAUUGUGAGCCUGGACGCUAUGGAGUCAACUGCUCCUCAAAAUGUGUGUGUGCUAACGGGAAGUGUGAUGAUGGACUGGCGGGAAGCGGCAAGUGUAUGUGCCAUAAAGGUUGGAAAGGAACCUCCUGUUCUGUGGAGAUAAAGGACGACGCCUGUGGGGGUGUGUGUGACGACAAUGCCAACUGUGUCACCGGGCCGAAUGGGUUAGCGGCGGCCUGCCUGUGUGUUGCAGGGUAUGAGGGAAAUGGGACGCACUGCAAAGAGAUGGACCUGUGCAGCAGGUCCAAUGGUGGAUGUUCAGAGUUUGCCAUCUGUACAACGGUAUCAGCAGGAGAGAGGACCUGCUCCUGUAAGGAGGGCUACACAGGAGACGGAGUCGUUUGCCUCGAGAUUGAUGGCUGCCUGGUCAACAACGGAGGCUGCCACAAGGCAGCAGACUGCACCAGAGCUGGUCCCAACAUUACGGCCUGCACAUGUCAGUUGGGCUUCCGAGGGUCGGGAAAGUUCUGUUAUCCUGUCAACCCCUGCAGUAUUAAAAAUGGCGGCUGCAGCUAUUAUGCUCGCUGUGAGUACCUUGGACAGGGAAAGAGGAACUGCACCUGCUUGAUAGGCCACAUAGGGGAUGGCUUUGAUUGCAGGGGAACUAUAAUAAAUGAGGUGUACCGGCAGUCUGAGAAUGACAUCUUUCUGCAAAUGUUAAAGAUGAUCGGUUCAAACAGUGUUUUGAGCAAGGGGCCCCUGACCGUUUUCAUUCCUCUGGAGAAAAACAACAAAAACAUCACUGCACAACUUAAUAGAUGGGAAGACUUGAGACGCCACAAGGACCUGGUUUUCAACCAUGUCAUUUCCUGUGAGAGCCUCUCUUUGAGUGAUCUGAGGACUACCGAGCGUGCUGUGGCAGUGUCAGGGCAGACUCUGCUCUUCAGCCUUCUGGAGGGUUCUGUCUGGAUCAACAACAGGUCAAGGAUUCUAAAGAGUGAUUACAGCACAAGCAAUGGAGUCAUCCACCACAUAGACACUCUGCUGACACCCUACAACCUGGAGGACAAACCACAGAGCCAGGCUAAAGAGAUGAACUUCACAACAGCAGCGUUGUUUUAUGGUUACAGUCGUUUCUACAAACUCGUUCAGGAUGCAGGUCUCCUUCCUGUGCUCCAGAUGAGCACCCACCAGCCAUUCACCAUGUUCUGGCCCACUGACAAGGCCCUGGCCUCCUUGCCAGCAGAGCGGCAGCAAUGGCUUUCCAGCCCUGAUCAUCUGGAGCAGCUUGCUGCAACUGUUAAGGCUCAUGUUGUACUCUCCAAGUUGACAGCCAUCAGCCAACCAACUAAGUUAUCCUCUUACCGAACCAUGCACGGAUCCACCAUCAAAUUCAGCUGUGACAAGAAGUUGGUGGGGUCGGUGUUGAUCAAUGACAACUCAGCCAAGCUAGUGGAGCGUCAUCUGACCUUCAAAGAGGGCGUGGCGUAUGGCAUCGACCAGUUGCUGGAGCCACCUGGACUGGGAGCUUUCUGCGACACGGCAAUAAACAGAACCACUUAUGGGAGAUGUGGAAACUGUUUUUUUCCUCCCUCCUGUCCACCCACACAUGUUUACACGGGUCACACUGAGCGUUGUCGAAGAUUCAAGUACUCGUACAGAAAGUCCUACUCUGGCUGGUAUGGAGACCUGGAUGGUCGUUUUGGACAGUCUGGCUGUAGGAGAAUUUGUCAGUAUAGUCCCUGGGUACCACAGUGUUGCAAGAACCACUAUGGCAGAGACUGUCAGGUUUGUCCAGGUGGUCUUGAAGCUCCAUGCAGCAACCAUGGCUUAUGCAAUGAUGGUCAAACUGGCUCUGGGUCCUGUAUGUGCUACAGAGGAUUCAAAGGGAAGGCCUGCGAUUCAUGUGUUGCUGGUUACUAUGGCGCCAACUGUACAGCUUGCAGCUGUGAGAAUCAGGGAAGGUGUGACGAUGGCAUGGAGGGGACUGGAACAUGUGUCUGCUCUCCGGGCUGGGAAGGCAAGAACUGUCAGAAAAAGUUAGGUUCAAUCCCAAAAGAGUGCCAACAGUGCCACGCUCAGGCAGACUGUGUGCCAGUCACCGGCUGCCAGUGUAAGCCUGGGUUUCAGGGAAAUGGCACCUUCUGCAUUCCAGAACCAUCUCCAGACCUUUGCUCAGAGUACAAUGGAGGCUGUCACCAGGAUGCAGACUGUAACCAGACAGGCCUGGCUGUCAACUGUACCUGCCAUGAGGGUUACCAAGGAGACGGCUUCUCCUGCCAGCCCAUUAACAGGUGUACUGAAGAGCAAAAUGGGGGCUGCAGUGAAUUUGCCACCUGCAAAUUUACUGGUCCAAACAAGCGUGAGUGUGAGUGCCUGCAAGGGUAUGUGGGAAAUGGAGUCCAAUGUUUGGAAAAAGUGGUUCCCCCUGUGGACCGUUGCCAGGAGGAUAAUGGAGGCUGCGCCCCUGUGGCUUCCUGCAAGGACCUGCAUUACCAUGCCAACACAGCUGGGGUGUUCCACCUAAGUUCUCCUGAGGGGAAGUACAAGAUGAACUUCAGUCAGGCCAACACUGCUUGCCAGGCUGAGGGCGCCACUUUAGCUACCUAUAAACAGCUGGCGGAUGCACAGCAGCUUGGGAUGCAUCUGUGUGUUGCGGGAUGGAUCAAAGGGCAAAGGGUGGGAUAUGUCACCCAGUACCCUUCACCCAAGUGUGGAGACAACCACGUGGGCGUGGUUUUGUACAAAGACCCAGUGGAUGUGAGCAAUAAGUACGAUGCCUACUGCUACCGGCUCCAAGAUGUUUCUUGUGCGUGUCCAGAUGAUUACGUUGGAAAUGGAGUCUUCUGUCACAGUGUCCUGACUAGCGUUCUGUCAACAUACCGCAACUUUUCUCUAUUCUACAAGUUUCUGUUGGACUACAGCAACUCAAUGUCCAAAGGGAGGGAACUCUUCGAGGUAUUAUCUCAAAGGAUGUCGGAGGUCACGCUGUUUGUUCCUCAUGAUGCCGGCUUUGCAUACAACCAGACUCUGUCUGGAAGUGAUCUGGAAUAUCACAUCUCAGCUGAUCACAGCAAGCGACUCUUUAAGGAUCUGAGGCACCAAGAAGUCGUCAAAUCAAGGCUUGGUUUAGACCUGAUUGUUACUCAGGGCAAAAAUGAGAGCUACAAGAUGGUGAACCAGCGACUACUGCUGAAGUGGGACAUCCCUGCAGUGAAUGGGAUCAUCCAUGUCAUUGAAGCUCCACUAACAUCUCCCAUCUUACCAGAGAACCCCGGUACUUCAAGAGGCCAAGCACAUUCUAGCAGCACAGCGUCGGCCAUCCUGUUGUCAUUGUUUCUGUUGUGUGUGCUGGCUGCAAUUGGCCACUACAUCUUCAGGCACAAAAUAGACGCCUUCCGUUUCCACUACUUCAAAAAUGAGGACGAGGACGCUGCCAACAAACCCACGCUGGUGUCCAUCCCUAAUCCUCUGUACAGCGGCGGCAGCACCCUCAGCGAGCCGUUCGGGGACACUGGUGAAGGAGCAGAACCGCCGGAGCAUGAAGAAAACGUGCUGGGCUGCGACCAAUGAAAGCUCCUGCACUGGAGCUGUUCCGAAACACAUUGUGUGUUUAUGUGUUUGUGUCUCGACAUAAAAUAAAGCUGCCACUUUGUGAAACCUCGA